UGCGUGCGCAUGCGCGGUUGUGGUAAUGGAGGACAGCGACCCACACAUAGAGCUAUUCGUUAAUAAGCUGUUUUAUUUGUCUUCUGUGCACAAUUGUUGUUCCUUUUCCAUACCGAGACCUCUGUAACGCACGGGACGACAUCUGGAUCAGUUGCGAGGAGCCGGGGCUGCCACUGAGAUUCAGUAUGGCGUCAGAUUUAGGUACCCAAAACCCUGGGUCCAAGGGGAUCAUGACCUUUUACCCCACGACUGAGGAGUUCAAGAAUUUCAGCCGCUAUAUUGCGUACAUGGAGUCCCAGGGAGCACACAAAGCAGGCCUUGCUAAAAUUGUCCCACCAAAGGAAUGGAAGCCCAGACGUUCCUAUGAUGAUAUAGAUGACCUUGUGAUCCCAGCUCCCAUUCAGCAGGUGGUAACUGGCCAGUCAGGCUUGUUCACUCAGUACAACAUCCAGAAGAAGCCCAUGACUGUCAGGGAGUUCCGCAAGAUUGCCAACAGCGACAAGUUCUGCAGCCCCCACUAUGAUGACUUUGAGGAGCUGGAGAGGAAGUACUGGAAGAACGUAACAUUUAACCCUCCCAUCUAUGGAGCAGAUGUCAAUGGAAGCCUCUAUGACCCCGAAGUGAAAGAGUGGAACAUCUGUCACCUGAACACCAUCCUGGACACUGUCGAACAUGAAAGUGGCAUCACCAUUGAGGGUGUAAAUACACCUUACUUGUACUUUGGCAUGUGGAAGACCACAUUUGCAUGGCACACUGAGGACAUGGACCUCUACAGCAUCAACUUCUUGCACUUUGGAGAGCCCAAAUCAUGGUACUGUGUUCCCCCAGAGCAUGGGAAGAGAAUGGAGCGUCUGGCUCAGGGGUUCUUUCCUGGCAGUGCCCAAAAUUGUGAGGCUUUUCUGAGACACAAGAUGACUCUCAUCUCUCCCUCUAUACUAAAGAAAUAUGGCAUUCCAUUUGAAAAGAUUACUCAGGAGGCUGGUGAGUUCAUGGUGACCUUCCCCUAUGCCUAUCACGCUGGUUUCAACCAUGGGUUCAACUGUGCAGAGUCUACCAACUUUGCUACCCAGCGAUGGAUUGAAUAUGGCAAGCAAGCAAUUUUGUGCUCGUGCCGUAAAGACAUGGUUAAGAUUUCCAUGGAUGUAUUUGUAAAGAAAUUCCAGCCAGACCGCUAUGAACAGUGGCUGUUAGGCCGGGACACAACACCUAUCGACCACUCACGGCCCACCCCGGAGGCUAAGGAGUUCCUGGGGGAGGAAUUUAAUGACAUCACCACCACCACCACCAGCAACAAUAACUCCCUGGAGAGCUGUGGGGAGGAGGGAGAGCGAAGGAGCCCUACACAGAGGAUUGAGACCAAGAGACACAGGGUGUGUCUGGAGGUGCCUGAUGAAGUUGUCCCUAAAGAAGAAGAUGAGGAAGAGGAGCAGUAUGGGAAGCGACCCAGGCUAAGCCUUAUACCCCCACGUGCUCCAUCACAAGAUUGCAGGAGAAAUAAAGGCCCACCAAAGUUGGUUGUCACCCCAACCAAGCUCACAUUGAUGGAUCCAUUCCACAGGAGCUUGACCCAAGGUAGCAGUGACAUAAGCCGUCCUCCUCAUUAUGCUAAGACUCGAGCACCUGCAAUCUCGUCUCAGUCUCAGUCCAGAAAUGGGCAUCUAUCUGUAGCAGUACCACCCGCAUGGACUGAAGCCGCAGCUCAGCCUGCCCGCAAAAUGGGAGUAGCGAGCCUGCUCUUUCAUAGGACUCUAAGUCCAAAAGAUGCCCUUCAGGUUCACAGCUACACUCUGGAAAAGCGGCAGCAGCCACACACUCAGCUCCAGGUGCAUAGCUACGCCAGAGAGCACCAACCCCGUCAUCUCCAGCACAAGGCCCAUGCACUGUCACACACGCAGGCACAGUCCCGGUGUCAGACGCCAAGCCAAAACAGUAUGGAAACACCGCCAACUGAGACAGAGUCCAAAAUCAUUCUUACCAAAGUAGCGAUGAGCGAGGCGGAAGCGCAAGCGCACAGUCCAGGAGGGCAGCAGCAAAAGGAGGAGAGGCCCAAAGUGUCAGUGUCAGCUGUGGCUCAGGCUGAGCAGAGACCUGAAGAUGAGUCCACCUACAAGUCUCCUUCCAUCCAGACUCGAACACAACCCAAAGAGCUGAUGACAACUGAGGUGGAAGGGUGCAAGAACAGCAAGCGAAAGAGUAACCACUUGCCCCUUGUGGAUAGUGGCAUUAUCAUCCUGCAAGACGUCACUCCUGUCAGAAAGGCAAAUCAUGAUGAGAUGAAGGUGAUCACUGAGAAUCAUCACGGGUCAGAAGAGCAGUCCUACUGCAAGUCACUGGUGAACAAGCAGCAGCAGACAGCAGAGCUCCGUAAACUUCCCCGUCAUCACCCUCUGCUCAGAGAGGCCCACAGUGAUGACGAUAUGUGUAGUGAUGCAGAGUUUGAGCUGGAGGAGAAAGAGGAGUGGGCCAAGCCACUAACCCAGCUGUGGCAGUGUCGACCCUAUAACCCACAGGCAGAGAGGGAGUACAAUAGGAGCAUGGGUCAACAGGCCCCAUACUGCUCCAUCUGCCUGCUCUUCCACACUUACCACCAGUCGGAGUUGAGUAGCAGCAGUUCCAGCAAGACCCUGUUGUGCCAUCACGGGGACCAACAAUGGUCCAAGCCACUCAUCCCUGAAGUGUGUUUCAACACCAACACCAGCAAGACAAAUGAGUGUGGAGAGGGACAGCUGUCUAACCCACGCUUAGCGGAGGAUGGCACCAGUCGGCUGGUCAGCUGUGUCCAGUGCUGUGUCCGUGUACAUACCAGUUGCUAUGGUGUAUCAGGAGAGGAGGCGGAGCUAGACAACUGGCUGUGUGCUCGCUGUGAAGCUGAUGCCACUACUGAGGACUGCUGCCUGUGCUCCCUGAGAGGCGGUGCUCUGCAGAGAGCCAACAAUGAUAAGUGGGUUCACGUGCUAUGUGCCCUCACUGUGCUGGAGGCUCGCUUUAUCAACAUCACUGACCGUAGCCCCAUCGACCUCACCGCGAUCCCAUUGCCCAGGUUCAGACUGAAGUGCAUCUACUGCAGGAAGCGGAUGAAGAGGGAGGUAACGGGCUGCUGCGUUCAGUGUUCCCAUGGCCGCUGCUCUACAGCCUUCCACCCCACCUGCGCUCAGGCAGCCGGCAUCCUCAUGCACCCAGAUGACUGGCCAUUCAUCGUCUUUAUCACUUGCCACAGACACAGAGCACCUGUCAUACCAGAGCGCAAUGCGGCCUCCUUGCGGGAGUUGGAAGUGGGGCAGAAGGUGAUCUGCAAACAUAAGAACGGCCGCUAUUACCACAGUGAGGUGACAGAGCUCACCAACGCUACUUUCUAUGAGGUGGUGUUCGACGAUGGUUCCUAUAGCGACAACCUAUUCCCUGAGGACAUAGAGAAUCGGGACUGUGUUCAGUAUGGUCCACCUGCUGAGGGUGACGCAGUCCAAGUGCGCUGGACGGAUGGGUUGUUAUAUGGAGCCAAGUUUGUAGCGUCACACUCCAUCCCCAUGUACCAGGUGGAGUUUGAGGAUGGGUCACAAAUCACUGUCAAGAGAGAAGACAUUUACAGUCUAGAUGAGGACCUGCCCAAACGAGUCAAGUCUCGAAUGUCGGUGGCAUCAGACAUGCGUUUUGAGCUCUUCACACAGAAUGAUGUCAAACAAAACUCCAAAAGGCAGCGGGUCAUCAACUCUAGAUACAGAGAGGACUACAUUGAGCCUGUCAUUUACCGAGCCAUCAUGGAGUAGCUCAACCAUCUGCAUUUCUUUUCUCCCUUCCACCUCGUAACCUCACCUCACAUCCAGAGAGCUGCAGCUCCAGGUCCCCAUGCCCUGGUUGUCUUCGUUUCUGGCUACUGCUGAUAGGAAUGCCCCCCCUUCCUCCUCCUCCUCCCCCCUCUUGAAUGUGGAAGGCUUCCAUGGCCCAUCGGGCUACAUAUUUAUAAACUACGGCUGGGACUUCAAAUGACUUUUAUGUGUGUUGAUUUAUCAUGUCAGACACCGCUAAACCAUCACACUCCCUGCUUCUCUGUAAAUGGUAUCUUCUUCCUCCAUCUCCUCUUCUGCUCAGGAAGAAGCCACCAAUGAAUUAUUAAAUGUGGAAAAAGGCAGGCUCAUGUAACUGGGGCAAGAGGGUUUUUUUGUUUUUUCACCACCACAUUUAAGAACCCUAGCCACGAAGGAAAUGCAGCUUUACACAGUUUCAGCUGGACAGUCGUUUGUUGCUGUGGUGAUAUUUGUCCCAUAAAUAAGUUGUUGUGCAGAUUGAAAUCAACAUCAGACUGCUCAUAAAAUCAGCUGUUCUAUUUUUUCUGUUUUACAGUGCAGGAAAUAAUUAUUGGAAAUCUGGUUCUGUAUGUAUAUAAGAGUUGGGUGUUUUUAGAGGAGCUUCCUAGUUCUUGAAGUCACAAGGUCCCUGAUGACUUCUACCACCGUCAGAUAUGGGCCAGAUUUUUGACAAUUCUUCCUUUCUUUAGUCUGUGUUUUUCACUUCAUGCUUUGCAGUUUGCAACCCAUAGGCAUUAUCCCUCUUAGUUCACCUUUACCCAAUAUGCAGGUGUGACAACGUGCAUCUACUGUGAAGAUAGGAGCAAAAUAGACUAAAUUUAGAGGCUAAAGCCUGAAGUUCCAAAGGGACAAGCUUACUUCUUUUGAUUUUGUCAUGUAUGAAAGCUUAGAUUUAUUAUAACAUUCACUAUGAUUAUUGUUAUUAUUACACUUUAUUUAUACCAGUUGUGUUGCAUUUGGAAACACAGCUGUAUUUGUCAUGGCUUUGCUGCGCUUUAACAAUCUCUAGGAAAUCACAGAUGUAUUUAUAUUUGUUAUAUGGAUAGGUUUUCAGUCAUUCUGUUAAGUUUUCAGGUUUGCUCUCUUUUGUUGUAAGCCUCUCUGCUGGGAUUGGAUGGUGUGAAUGCCAAUAUGGGUCAAAUCCCUCUUUCAACAAAAAGCACUUAUGACCUCCCUGCUCUUAAUGGCCCAUGGCACACACCAACAUCUAGACAAGUGGCUUCCUCUGAGUUCAGGUACUUCACUGAGCACGUGCAAGAUUAUUUUUCCUUGAUAAAAGCUAGCCGUAUAGAUUAAGGUUGUACUGAGUUUAAUUUCUGUUGUGCUAACUAGACUAAAGAUGAUUGCGGGGUAAUUUUCAGACUUUCAGAGAGAAGAACAAGUGAUCUUUCCUGCUCCCUCUGUCCAAGUCCCUUGUUAUACCUGCUUUAAGUAGUGUAGUGAGAAUUAAAGAAAAUCAACUGGCAUCUCAGGAGGGCAUGGAGUGCAGACACCUCUCAAAAUAUACCCAUCACAUUUUCAUAGUUACUAUUGUCCAUACUUGGUUUCAUUUGGGUCCAUCUAUUGGUCAGCAUUAACUCUGUGCACUCUUUGUAAACAUAUCAACUGUUUGAGUAAAGGUUGGAGUAAGAAAAA